AUGUCACUAGUGGAUGUGACACAAAUGGCAAUGGCAAUAUGGCUAUUGUGUUGGAGGAAGAUACAUGUGGUGAAAAAAGUGGUGGUGGGUAUGGUUUCAGAUGGAUUGGUGAUGAUGAUGGUGGUCAAUGACCACAGAAGUGGAUGUUGUCCUGUGCCUGUUACUAAUGUGGGUGGUCUUUCUCAGUUACUCGGCUUAUUUGAUUCGGGAACAUCUCGUGCUGCUGCAAUGCUUGAUUUACACCAUCGGAUUCUUCCUCCUGCAUUCCUUUCGAAAUAUCCGAAGGAAGCUGGAUUCUGUCUCUGGCUACUUCAUCCUGAACCUUCAUCACGCCCAACAACCAGGGAAAUUCUACAAUCAGAAUUUAUGAAGGGAAUUCAAGACUUAUCUGGAGGCGAGUUAUUACCAUUAAUUGAUGAAGAAGAUGGAGAAUCAGAGUUGUUAUUGUAUUUUCUCCUGUUAGUAAAAGAGCAAAAGCAGAAGGAUGCGUUCAAGUUAGUGGAACAUAUCCAGUACAUAGAAGGAGAUAUCGAAGAGGUUAAGAAAAGGCAGCCUAAGAAAUCACUUAUUCAAUCUUCCUCGUCUCUGGAGCCUUCAAAUGUAAGUGGGAGCAGCGUUACUCGCAGAGGAAAUUUAAGUUCAGAAUCUCUUUCAAAGAUUAUCCCAGGACAUGACAACGAGAUAAAAUUGAUGAGCAACAUCAGGCAACUAGAAAACCCUUACUUUUUGAUGCGAUCCAAUGUUCAGCUUGCAGAUAGUGAUGUAGUGACUCGUAGAGAUACAGAACUGUUGAAAAGUCGAGAGAACUGGAGCAUUGCGGGUAAUAAUGAUAGCAAGUACAAGACCUCAGAUCGUUUAGGGAGUUUCUUUGAUGGUUUGUGCAAAUAUGCUCGCUACAAUAAAUUCAGAGUACGGGGGAUAUUACGGAAUGGAGAUUUUAAUAAUAGUUCCGCAAAUGUGAUAUGCUCUCUGAGUUUUGACCGGGAUGAAGACUAUCUGGCUUCGGGAGGGGUGUCAAAGAAGAUAAAGAUAUUUGAAUUUCAAGCUCUGUUUAAUGAUUCUGUUGACAUUCAUUAUCCUGUUAUUGAGAUGACAAACAAGUCAAAGCUCACAGGCAUUUGCUGGAACAACUAUGUCAGGAACUACCUUGCUUCAACUGAUUACGAUGGCAUUGUUAAGUUAUGGGAUGCGACAACUGGUCAAGUCUUCUCUCAUUUCAUGGAGCACAGUGAAAGGGCUUGGUCUGUUGAUUUCUCCCGUGCAGAUCCCAUGAAAUUAGUGAGUGGAAGCGAUGAUCGUAUGGUGAAACUUUGGAGCAUCAAUGAGAGAAACAGUUUAUGCACAAUUAGGAACAAUGCAAAUGUCUGCUGUGUUCAAUUCUCAGCUGACUCCAGUCAUAUGUUGGCUUUUAGCUCGUCCGAUUAUAAGACCUAUUGCUAUGAUCUUCGCAAUAUUUCAACUCCUUGGUGCAUAUUGGCUGGCCAUGGGAAAGCUGUAAGUUAUGCAAAAUUCUUGGAUGCUGAAACUCUUGUUACUGCAUCCACCGACAACACUUUGAAGAUUUGGGAUCUCAAUAAAACAAAUUCCCAUUGUUUAUCAAGAGAUGCGUGUAUCUCAACACUUAGAGGGCACACAAAUGAGAAGAACUUUGUGGGUUUAUCAGUUGCUGAUGGAUACAUUGCAUGUGGGUCGGAGACGAAUGAGGUGUUUGCCUAUUACAAAUCCCUGCCGAUGCCAAUUACUUCCCACAAAUUUGGUUCCAUCGAUCCCAUUUCUGGUAAGGAGACUGAAGACGACAAUGGACAGUUUGUUUCAAGUGUUUGCUGGAGACGGAAAUCAAAUAUGGUGGUUGCUGCCAGUUCCACUGGUUGUAUAAAACUUCUGCAGAUGGUCUAGAAGUAAAUUAACCCUCAAUCAGCUGCGACAUUUGUGGCAUGUCUGGGAAGGUGAAUUGGACAACACCAGACUAUCACAAAAGGGAAAAUAUAAGUUAUGAAGAUGAGCUCGAGUUCUGUCAUCCAUCUCUCGAUUAUCCCUUUUGGCCCGGAAUAUUAGACCUUUUUGCCUGAAAGAUGCGGCAUUUAUGCUGUGUUACUUUUUGUUAGACAGUUGGAAUUAACGGUCACUCAAAAUUGCGAGUGUCUGAAUGUUGGCUGAAGGAUCUUGGACUAUGUUGGCAUCUGAUAUUGAUACUACCGUCGGGAUUCAGAGUGUUAACAAGAAACUUCUGGAUGUUGGUGAGUCGUGUAUUAGUAUUUGCACGAGUCGUUCAAAACUAAUACGGUAGAGUUCUUUGUACCACCAAUUUGAACAAGUGAUCGAUCGGAUUGUUCAUAUAAUAGGAAUGUAGCUGUAGAUGAGUUCUUCGAACCGUUGAGAUAGCCGGCUCUGCAGUACUAUUGUAAUAUUGUAUAUUCCUAUGUAUGAAAAAGUGUACAUACUCAGCUUAUAUCUUACUGUGAUUAGCUGUUUUAUAUGUACCACUACUUUCUAUCCAUGAAAUAUAGAAAGAGAACUUCAAAUUACUACUAGUCUGAUUCUUUUGUAAUUUGUAAUUCUCUGUAAAUUUAUUUUGUUGAAUUCUUGAUUCAAA